CCCCACUACAAAAUUUAGUCGAACUCUAGACAUCGUUGAAGAUAGUCGUGUUCAAUUGACUAGAGUACUACGCAUUCAGUGAUUCUUUCGUCAUAACAUUGUGAUAGUGACAAAAUCAUUUGGGACGUGAAAAAGUGGGAGUGAAUUAAACAUUAUUAAUUUUUAUUACAAACAAUUACCGAGACGUUUCUGUAUUUUGCUGUUUUAGUGAAACUAUGACAUUGUUCCUUCUAUUUGGAUAAUUCCGGAUAAGGAGUGCAAAAUAACCGCAAAUAUUUUUAACCACAUUGAGGAUCCCUGCGGACCCAACGUCGUCCGCCAAAAUAUGGUUGCUGAGUUUAUAUUGAGCCAGCAGCAUCUGAUGGGUGGGGGUGCCAUGGGACCAGUGCCAACCCCCUCCAGAGUGCCGCCGCCGCCAAGGCCGCGCCUCUCAGUCUCACCACACUACCCUAUGGAUCAAUCUCCUUCUUCCAAUGGCUCAGCCGAACAUCAAGAUUUUGGUAACUCAUUUGACUACAAUAAGAGGAAGGAGUUCUUCGGACAACGCAAACAAAGGGAGUUCAUCCCUGACAGCAAGAAAGAUGAUGGCUACUGGGACCGCAGACGGCGAAACAAUGAAGCCGCAAAGCGCUCCCGCGAAAAACGCCGUUUUAAUGACAUGGUUCUUGAACAGCGAGUCGUCGAACUCUCAAAAGAAAACCACGUGUUAAAAGCUCAGUUAGAUGCCAUUAAAGAAAAAUAUGGAAUCUGUGGAGAGGCGCUUAUUAGCAUCGAUCAAGUCUUAGCCACAUUACCGACAUGCGAUCAAGUACUUUGCGUCACAAAGAGAACUAAAUUAACAGGCAACGCUCUAUUUCCUGCCGCGCCACCACCACCUCCUCCGAUACCUUCUGCAUCGCCGCCACCUCCGGUACCUCAGCGUGCCCCUGAACCCUACCAGGAAAGGCUUCCAGCCCCUGAGGCUUAUUAUCCUCACCCAGCCCACUACGAACCACCAGGUUCCGUUCUCAACCUUUCAAGAUCUCGCCGUGCUCCCUCACCUUAUGAACUCUCCUCCCUGUCGGGUUCCGGAGAUGAAACUGGUGAACAAUACGCCCCAGAAAAUAACGGGCUCCCAUUAAAAUUACGCCACAAAUCACACUUGGGUGACAAAGAUGUUGCCAGCGCUCUCCUCUCCCUCCAACAUAUCAAACAAGAGCCAGGACCACGUUCGUCGCCUUCUUGGGAUGGUGAAGGGUCCAGUGACGAAAGGGACUCGGGGAUCUCACUGGGAGUCGAAUACAGACCGCAGCGACCUGUCAGCGACGAGAGGUUAGCAGAAGAAGAAGAUGCUCACCUUAAGGCAGAGCUAGCGCGGCUCGCUACUGAAGUCGCGACACUUAAAAACAUGAUGCACCAGAACAAGACUCGUGUUUUGGAACAUUGAGCGAGAUUUAUCUGCGCCUGGACCGCGCCCGCCUCGCUCCUUCCGCGUUACUCGUACAAACUGUCUCAACCUGUCCCCUUCCGUGUAGAAGAAGUUACCACGUAAAGAGAUGUAUAUUGUAUGAUAGUGCAGCUGACCGCGGCCAAGUCGCAACGCCUAAUUGUUAUCCUUCCUAGUAGUCGUAUUCAAUGUUUAGGUUAGAGAUAGUUAAGUGACGUUUGUGGAGCUCCAUAUGAGACUAAUUUUCGGUUUAGACUUUUCGAGAUGAUAAAACUUAUCUGCUCAUGAUAGAUUUAACAAUGAUGCAUUUUUAGUGGUGAGCUAUGUAAGUGUAAUAUAGGUAAAGAAGUAGAUCUGUUUCAUCUUUUCGAAGACUCAUUUGUGAAAAUCGAUAGCUAAAGACUAUGUUUCGUGUAAGGUAGAGUUAAGUCAAUGUAAGUAAAUAUAAGUCCAAUCUAGUUUA